CGUUUAGUUUGCCUGCAGACCUCGUCAGGGUAGUUUGGAAGCGGCUUCGUUAUGUAUUUACUUCUGUUGCUGACUAUAUUGCUGGUUCUGCUGGUGCAAUAUGUAAGACGCAUUUACACUUAUUGGCAGCGUGAGGGCGUGGACGAGGAGCCAGCUACAUUUCCGUUUGGUGUUAUGAUCAAAAUGCUGAAAAAAGAACGUGGCUUUGGCUUGAUCGUAAGCGAUAUCUACGAACGUCACACUUCCAAGAUUGUGGGACUCUAUGUCAUGCACAAGCCCGUUCUGCUGAUCCGCGACCCUCAGCUGGCUAGGCAGAUCAUGACCACCGAUUUUGCCAGCUUUCAUGAUCGUGGCAUGUACGUGGAUGAGCAACACGAUCCUCUGUCGGCCAAUCUCUUCAAUUUGCAAGGCGCCUCGUGGCGCAACUUGCGCCAGAAGCUGGCGCCCUCCUUCUCCUCGGGCAAGAUCAAGGGUAUGUUUGGCACGAUCGACGACGUGGGCGAUCGACUGGUGCAGCACUUACAGGGUAUAGUGGAGCAGGCUCCAAACGAAUUGAUAGAAAUGAAGGCCAUACUUACAACCUAUGCCGUGGACAUUAUCGGUUCGGUGAUCUUUGGACUGGACAUCGAUAGCUUUACCAAUCCCAAGAAUGAGUUUCGCGCUCUCAGCAACUCGCUUCUGUCAGAACUGGGACUUGUGCUGAGGAUACACAACAUGGCCACAAUAAUGUUUCCGCCAUUAGCCAAGCUCAUGAAUCGCAUGGGCUUUGAGAACGAAGUUUUGGCCAACCUGCGCGAUAUUAUGAAGCACACGAUCGAGUUCCGCGAGAAGAACAAUGUCGUGCGCAAGGAUCUGCUGCAGCUGCUCAUACGAUUGCGCAACACGGGCAAGAUCGGCGAUGACGACGACGAGGUGUGGAACAUUGAAACCGCUCGGGAGGAGCUAAAAGCCAUGUCCAUUGAGAAGAUUGCCGCCCAAGGGUUUCUCUUUUACAUAGCCGGUUCGGAGACGACGGCGGCCACGUCAGCCUUUACGCUGUACGAGCUGGCCAUGUAUCCGGAGCUGUUGAAGGAGGCACGCGAUGAAUUGGAUGUGGUUAUGGAGCGCCAUCAGCUGAAGAGAGUAGAUAAGUUCACCUAUGAGGCGGUGCAGGAUCUGAAAUUCCUGGACUCAUGUAUUAUGGAAAGUAUACGCAAAUAUCCGGGUCUGCCCUUCCUCAACCGGGAGUGCACACAGGAUUUUUUGGUACCGGGUUCCAACUACACUAUAAAGCAGGGCACGGGCAUAUUGAUCUCGCUCUUUGGCCUGCAUCGCGAUGCCAGCUACUUUCCCAAUCCCGAGGACUAUGAUCCACAUCGCUUCGAUGCCGAUAAUAUGAACUACGACCAAACUGCAUUUAUGCCCUUCGGCGAGGGUCCCAGGCACUGCAUAGCUCUGCGCAUGGGCAAGGUUAAUGCCAAAGUAGCUGUGGCCAAGAUCUUGGCCAAUUUCGAUUUAGUCCACGCGCCGCGCAAGGAGGUCAAGUUUCGCUUCGAUCCGGCGCCGGUUUUACUGCCAGAAGGCGGUCUUCAUGUGCGCCUAACCAAACGUGCCUGAUUUUAAAUUACAUCUUAUAUGCGUUAAAUCAUGAAACAUAUAUAUAUAGCUCUCUGAUCGGAACAUUCACUGACAGACUGCUGAUUGCCUGAUGAUUGAUGCACAGCUCGUUCCUCCAUUCGAGCCAUUGGCUUUAAUAUGUAUAUUUAUAUGUUUCUAUGUGUGCGUAUAAGCGUGUAUAUAUGUAUGUUUGU